GGUAAGCUCGACGAUUACCAGGAACGGAUGAACAAAGGAGAGAGGCUCAACCAAGAUCAGCUGGACGCAGUGUCGAAGUACCAGGAAGUCACAAAUAACUUGGAGUUUGCAAAAGAAUUACAGAGGAGUUUCAUGGCACUGAGUCAAGACAUACAAAAAACAAUAAAGAAGACGGCUCGUCGCGAGCAGCUGAUGAGGGAAGAAGCUGAGCAGAAGCGUCUGAAGACGGUGCUGGAGCUGCAGUACGUCUUGGACAAGCUAGGCGAUGACGAGGUGCGGGCCGACCUCAAACGGGGGCUGAGCGGCGGGCCGGUCCUCUCCGAGCAGGAGCUGUGCUUGCUGGAUGAGUUCUACAAGUUGGCGGACCCCGAGCGGGACAUGAGCCUGAGGCUGAGUGAGCAGUACGAGCACGCCUCGGUCCACCUGUGGGAUUUGCUGGAAGGGAAGGAGAAGUCCGUGUGCGGGACGACCUAUAAAGCUUUGAAAGAAAUUGUGGAGCGUGUUUUCCAGUCCAACUACUUUGACAGCACCCAUAACCACCAGAACGGACUGUGUGAGGACGAGGAGGCGGCCUCAGCACCUGCAGCGGAAGACCAGGUAGCUGAAGCUGAACCGGAGCCGGCCGAGGAGUACGCUGAGCAGAGUGAAGUCGAGUCCACGGAGUAUGUGAACAGACAAUUCAUGGCAGAGACCCAGUUCAGCAGUGGUGAGAAGGAGCAGGUGGAUGAGUGGACGGUUGAAACAGUUGAGGUGGUGAACUCGCUCCAGCAGCAGCCUCAGGCGGCAUCUCCUUCGGGGCCAGAGCCCCACUCUCUGACCCCAGGGGCCCAGGCAGACCCCUUGGUGAGGAGGCAGCGAGUGCAAGACCUGAUGGCGCAGAUGCAGGGGCCCUAUAACUUCAUACAGGAUUCGAUGCUGGAUUUUGAAAACCAGACCCUGGAUCCUGCCAUUGUGUCCGCACAGCCGAUGAACCCAACACAGAGCCUGGACAUGCCCCAGCUGGUUUGCCCUCCAGUACAUUCUGAAUCUAGACUUGCUCAACCUAACCAAGUUCCUGUCCAGCCUGAAGCUACGCAGGUCCCUUUGGUCUCGUCGACAAGUGAGGGCUACACGGCCUCGCAGCCCUUGUACCCGCCUUCUCAUGCAGAGCAGCGGCCCCCAAAGGAGCCCAUCGACCCGAUUCAGGCAACCAUCUCUUUAAAUACAGACCAGACCGCGGCAUCCUCAUCCCUCCCUGCUGCUUCUCAGCCUCAGGUGUUCCAGGCUGGGUCGAGCAAGCCUCUGCACAGCAGUGGGAUCAAUGUCAACGCAGCCCCGUUCCAGUCCAUGCAGACGGUAUUCAACAUGAAUGCCCCCGUCCCUCCUGUUAACGAGCCGGAGAGCUUGAAACAGCAAAGUCAGUACCAGGCCAGCUACAACCAGAGCUUCCCCAGCCAGCCUCACCAAGGUUUUUGCGAGCAGACGGAGCUCCAGCAGGAGCAGCUGCAGACAGUGGUUGGCACGUACCAUGGUUCCCAGGAUCAGCCCCAUCAAGUGACUGGAAACCACCAGCAGCCGCCUCCGCAGACCACGGGGUUCCCACGGAGCAGUCAGCCCUAUUACAAUAGCCGUGGCGUGUCCCGCGGAGGCUCCCGUGGUACUAGAGGCUUGAUGAAUGGGUACCGGGGUCCCGCUAAUGGCUUCAGAGGAGGAUAUGACGGUUACCGCCCUUCAUUCUCGAACACUCCGAACAGUGGCUAUACACAGUCUCAGUUCACUGCUCCCCGGGACUACUCUGGCUAUCAGCGGGACGGGUACCAGCAGAAUUUCAAGCGUGGCUCUGGGCAGAGUGGACCUCGGGCAGCCCCACGAGGUCGUGGAGGGCCCCCAAGACCCAACAGAGGGAUGCCGCAAAUGAACACUCAGCAAGUAAAUUAAUCUGAGUCACAGGAUUAUGUUUAAUCGCCAAAAACACACUGGCCAGUGUACCAUAAUAUGUUACCAGAAGAGUUAUUAUCUAUUUGUUCUCCCUUUCAGGAAACUUAUUGUAAAGGGACUGUUUUCAUCCCAUAAAGACAGGACUACAGUUGUCAGCUUUAUAUUCCCUGGAUACGAAAGGAAACUAUUUUUACUCUGCAUGUUCUGUCCUAAGCGCCACCUCGAGCCUUGCACAUGAUACUCAGAAUCCUCACCCUUGCUUAGGAGUAAAACGUAAUACACUUUACAGGGUGAUAAUAUCUCCGUAGUUAUUUGAAGGGGCUUGAAAAAGCAAGUUUGACUGUUGACAUUGGAUAAAAUCUACAAAUCGACUCUAGAGUCACUCAGUGGUAAUUGACAAAACUAAGAUAUUUCUCUUGAAAGGACGUGGAGGGGGUGGAGUGUGGUUUGGCAGAAUAGCUGCCCUUCACAGUGCGCGGGGACACUGAGCAUUCAGAUGCAUACCAGACUCUGCAUGGCCCUGAUCUCACUGUAAGGCUGCCUGCCAGCUUUUACACAGGCGACUCAUCUGGUCAAAAGACUGUGGUUCAAAACAUAUGUAAAAUGCUUCUUAACAGCUGAUACUCUGUACGAAAGCCGUGAUGCAAAAUUAGGCUUUGAUUGGCAAUUUUUGAAAAACAUGCAACAAAUGAGAGAUGUAAUCUGGAUGGCCGCUUGUACUUAAUGUGAAGUAUUUAGAUACCUUCUUGAACACUUAACAGUUGCUUUGAGACAAUGACUUUUGUAAGGAUUGGUACUAUAUAUCAUUCCUUAUGACAUGUACGUUGUCACUAAUCCUUGGAUCCUGCUGUGUUGUCACCUAAAUUGGUACAGGUACUGAUGAAAAUCUCUCUAAUGAUAAUCAUAACACUCUUGGUCUCAUGUUUUUUCCUGCAGCUUGAACGUUUUUAAGAGAAAAAGACUUCAAAUGCCUGCUGCUACCACCCUUUUAAAUUGCUAUCUUUUGAAAAGCACCAGUAUGUGUUUUAGAUUGAUUUCCCUGUUUUAGGGAAAUGACAGUCAGUAGUUUCAGUUCGGAUGGUAUAAACAAUACAAAUAAAACUUGUUUAUAAAAGUUGUAUCUGGAAACACUGGUGUUCAACAGCUAGCAGCUUACGUGAGUCAGUCCCUGCACUGUUAGUGUCACCAAUUCAUGGCUCCAGCAGCUCCUUCUGUAGUACUUGCACUGUCUUACUUAACUCUAAGGGAGUUCUCCUUUUCCCGUGGAAGCCCGAUGUUUGCAGUGGAUUCUCCUCUUGGAUGCAGAGGGAGAGUCUCAGAUUUGAUGGAGAUGGACAGUCGGUAGUGACUAGCCUCGUGUGCGGUGUUGCAGUUCACGCUAGCAGUCGGAGCACUAGUUCUGUGUGCCUAUGGACUUAAUGCCCCUGUCGUCCCAUUCCACUUGGAUUUCAUGGAGAAUUAUAAUCCCACCUGUUAAGCAAAGGCUACUAAGUUAAUCGUAUUUUCUGUGCAAAAAUGAAAAUUUAUUUUCAGCCUUUAGCUAAGGAAUUUUUCCAAUAGGUGCUCAGCUACUUAAAAACAAAUGAUUCUCAAAACAUUCAUCAUUAGACAACUGGAGUUCUUGCUGGUUUUGUAACCUACUAAAAAUGAAUAGGCUGUCGAACAUUCCACAUUCAAAAGUUUUGUAGGGUGGUGGGAAGUGGGGGACUCUUCAUUGUUUAUUUUAAAAUAAAAUAAAGUAAGUUCUGGAUUUUC